AUGUCCUGCUACGACCUGUGCUCCGUCGGUGGCUCCGGCCUCAUCGGUGGCUCCGGCUUCAUCGGUGGCUCCGGCCUCGUCCGGCCCCAGCCCCUGGCCGGCAGCGGGAAUGAGCCGUGCGUCCGCCAGUGCCCCGACUCCACCACCGUGAUCCAGCCUCCCGCCGUGGUGGUCACCUUCCCCGGCCCCAUCCUCAGCUCCUUCCCGCAGGAUUCCGUGGUGGGAUCUGCUGGAGCGCCCGUGCUGGCAGCCUCGGGGGCCUCCCUGGGCUAUGGAGGAUUUGGCUCUGGGGGCUAUGGGGGAUUUGGCUCCCUGGGUUACGGGGGUCUCUAUGGAUAUGGGGGCUCCUCUCUGGGCUAUGGUGGUCUGGGGUCCUGUGGGGGCUCCUCGCUGGGGUUCCGGGGCCUGUAUGGCUCUGGGAGAUCCUUUGGCUCCUGCAGCCCUUGGUCGUCCCGCUACGGCCGCUACCGCCGCGGCAGCUGCGGCUCCUGCUAA